GGCUUCUUGGUUUCGACGUGAUCAAUGAAUGAUUCACGUUAACAUAUGGAAUACCGAAUACGGUUUUGGCCGGUGAAAAGUAAAGAUAUGUGGACGCAGUUAGCCGCAAAGUCAUGCUUUGAUUUGUAUCCAUACAUCUUCAGUCAAAAGCUUUAAUAAUAAAACAUUAACAGGGAUCAUUUACGUCAUCGUAAGAUGCUUUAGUCAUAUGCUUAUGUCGUUGACCAUGCUUAAUAAAUUAUUCAAAGGACUGGGAUUCCUUUAUUUUUUUAACCAGAAAAUGACCGAAUAUGGUUUUAGUAAAAUAUUGAAUAUCUAACGAGAUUGUAUUAUCUUUAUCAGGGAAUAAAUGUGCUAACAUUAAAUUUGACGUAAAGAGAAAUCUCUCCAGAAAUGAGAAAACCAUAUGGAGUUGGAUGUGUUAAGGUUUUUUGCCACAAAUCAGUUUAUCAAUUUGCAUUUGAGAUUUACGCAAAAGCAAAAUAAUCAGAUCCACUUGUUCAAUGCCAUUGUUCCCCGUCACUAGUGUCCUGACCUUAUCGUAUCGUAUAUCCAAAUAAAAACUUAUCUUAGACUAUCCAUAAUAGAGAAGUUGAUUUACAUUUUCAAAAGACACCAACUAACAAAAGCAGGAAUGUCCAAACACGUGGGUGGCUUAGCAACCAAUGAUGCACACAUUUCCAUUAAAAGAUCAACCAAUCGACAAUCAUGUACCUCUUUGUGUGGUUCUAACUCCAAGGUUCAAAGUCCACUUCUUUUUAUGGUUAUUCUUUGACCAAAUAGCCCUUUUCUUUUGCAUUUGUUCCACACUCAUUUGACAUAACAUGGCUCGAGAAACUCUGAGAAGAGGGUAAAACGGGGAAUAUAAUUUAAAGAUACGUGAUAAAAUGGUCAGAUUAACAUAAUUUAACUUUUCCCGUUGCAUAUAUAAAGCCGUCAGUUACCUGCCAAUACCUCAGGGUUGCAAAUUUUAUUUUAUUUUUAUAUAGCAAAGUAAGAAAACGACAUGAAGAAAACUGGAAUCCUCGCUGCUUCCAUCUCUGCGGCAGCUUCCGCCACCACCGCCACCAUGAACACCACCGUAUCCUUGUCUUUGCCAGAAUCCAACCUUUCCCGUCAGGAUUCAAAGGAGAAACAGAGGAAGAAGAAGGGUUCUGAAGAAGGGGGAGAUAAAAAGUUUGCCCCAAGGUUUGAUGGGUUAAGGUUCAUUGAGACCCUUGUUACUGCUCACCGAUAACCAAAGCAUUCUUCUCAUUUGACAAAGUUUGAUAUAGUUUCUACGAUUUACCAACAACAAUUGUUGAUUUUAAUGUUUAAGCUUUUUUGUUUUAUAGUAAUGUGUAAUAAUUCUUUAAAAUUUGAAAAAUCUUUAAUCCGACUGUA